CACAGACAACUUUUUUCUGUAGGCUUUCAAUUUUUUUCUGUAGCUGUCAGUCUGUCAUUUUUUUAUCAGUCUGUGACCGGCACUGAACACGAGAGAGGAAGUAAACCUCGAAUUAUUUUUUUUACAAUUAUUUUUGAAAUUUAAACAGUUUCUGUGUUGGAUAAGUAAUAAGUUGAGUUCACAAUAUGAUUUUAAUUGGUGUAUUUGACAUCGCGAGCUGGUGGGCUAUAGUCAUCGCUUUCCAAGUAGUCGUAAUAUCUACUUAUUACUUCUGGAACAAAAAGAAGUCUAAAACAUACGAUCCUCUAUGCAAUGGGAAGGCGAUAGAAUGGAACCCAAUUCCAAUAGUGGAGCAUGAUGUUACGGUAGAGGAACCUCCCGUAAUGGGUAGAAUUGAUGAAAAUGUGUUGAACGUAGGAAGCUCGAGUUUCCUCGCCCUUGACAAAGAGGAGUCUAUUAUGGAUGAUGCUUUAAAAUCUUUAGAGAAGUAUGGGGUGGGUUCCUGUGGGCCUCGUGGGUUUUAUGGGACUAUUGAUGUCCACUUGGAGUUGGAGGAACGCUUGGCGAAGUUCCUGGAGGUGGAAGAGACCUGUGUUUACUCAUAUGGCUUCUCAACAAUAGCUAGUGCUAUACCAUCCUACUCUAAGAAGAAGGACAUUAUUUUUGCUGAUGAGUGUGUCUGGUUUGCAAUCCAGAAGGGCUUGGAUGCGUCCCGCAGUACCAUCCGCUUCUUCAAGCACAAUGACAUGGACCACCUUGAAAAGCUGCUGGAAGAAGCUCAAAAGAAAAAGGAGCUGAACCCUAGGAGAAGGGCUUUCAUUGUCGCUGAAGGCAUAUACUUUAACACCGGAGAAAUGUGCCCGCUGAAGAGAUUGGUGCAGCUCGCCAGGAAAUACAAAUUGAGAAUUAUAUUGGAUGAAAGUCUUACUAUUGGGGUAUUAGGUAAGAAUGGGCGUGGCUUGACAGAACACUUGGGCGUGCCUCGCGAAGAGAUCGACCUGAUCGUCGGUUCCUUGGAGCACUCGUUCGCGACUAUCGGCGGGUUCUGUGCCGGCACACACUUUAUUGUGGAACACCAGAGGCUGUCAGGACUUGGAUACUGCUUCAGCGCGUCUCUCCCACCGAUGCUGACACAGGCCGCCAUCUCAGCUCUCAACGUGAUCGAAGGCAAACCGUCCAUCUUCCAAGAACUGAGUGAUAACUCUAAAAAACUUAACAGAGCCCUCUCCCAGCUGAAGCACUACAAAUUCCGAGGUGACGAAGCCUCACCGAUAAAGCAUAUUUACCUCAAAAAGGACGACUUAACAGACAGACUGAAACACUCCUACCUUCGUAAUAUUACCAACUACUGCCUCGAGAAAGGUGUCGCCAUGACACUUGCCGCGUACAUCCGCGACGUAGAAAUUAAUUGUCCAGAACCCUCCAUCCGCUUAACAAGCAGCAGAAAACUGACAGAUGACACUAUCAGCUUAAUAUGUUCCUUACUAGAUGAAGCUUAUGAGAAAGUAGGUCCGAAACCUGAACUACAGCCUGUGUAGAGCAAUACCUUUGCCUCAGCAUUAUAGUCUAUGGCGAUUUAGGCGGGAAGUACAAUUUUUUUCUUUUUUCUAUGUUUUUUGUUGUAACAGUAAUUGUUUUUUUUUUGUGUAAAUGUGUAAGAAUUAAUACAAAGUUAUUACACAUAUCAGAGUAAUGUUUUUGCACUGCAUUUAAGAAGCGAAUAUAGGUAAGAAUAACAUUAUUAUUUUUUUAAAUUAAGUUGGUAGUUUUUUAAUGCUUAGUAAUAAUAACGGAAUAGCACUAUCAAUGAAAUUAUAUUUAUUUUAUAUUUAGUGUGUUCAUGGAACAGGUGAACCUGCAUUUUUAGGGUCUCUAAUAAAAACCUCAAGCUAUUUUAUUUAUUUAAUUUAAGGAUACACUGAUAUCAUGAAGCAAGGAUUGCCUUUUACUUAGAGGAUUUAUUUCAUAUAUGUUUUUA